CCUCUGCUGCACUAAGCCAAUAGUUGAGAAACACGUUCUUACUACAUCUAGAUCAAUAGCAAUGGCCCUGUGCAUGCAGACCAGGUCGAUUGCGGGCGUCCGGCCCCGCACCAGCGCUGUUCGUAGCGUUCCUUUCCGUGGCAGCCGCAUGGUUGUCCGUGCCAGCCCUGCUGUUUCCGAGAUUGUGGACAAGCUGAAGACUUUGACACUGCUGGAGGCUUCUGAGCUGGUCUCUGAGAUCGAGAAGACCUUCGGAGUGGAUGCCUCGGCUGCCGCUCCUGUAGCUGUCGCCGCCAUGCCAGCUGCUGCUGCUGCUGCUCCAGUUGUUGAGGAGAAGACUACCUUCGAUGUGGUGCUGGAGGACAUCCCAGCCGACAAGAAGGUCGGCAUCUACAAGGUGGUCCGCAACAUUGCCAACAUUGCCGUCAACCAGGUCAAGGAGUUCACGGCCACUCUGCCUAAGGUUCUGAAGGAGGGCUUGAGUAAGGAGGACGCCGAGGCCGCCAAGACUCAACUGCUUGAGGCUGGCGCUAAGGCUAAGGUGGUGUAAGCUCGCCUUGCCAUGAUCUUUGAUCGUCUGUGAGUCUAUUUUGCAAAUAUGCUUGGUGACAGCGGCAAAUUUUCCUAGGUUGUCGGCUGCAGCCAAAGGUCGUGUAAUGGUGGACAAUGGUGAGUCGGCUCUGGUCGCGCACUAGUUCAGUGUUGAGGCUAGGAUAAGGCUCAAGGUCCUGCAAUGUCCCCAGGAUUAUAUUACAUGAUGGAGACAGACGUUGCCUGUCUAGAUUAUGGGUAAGGGCCUGACAGGUGUUUUGCGAUUGGCCUGUGUUAGCGCUGGGGUGAUGCGGGCUGAUGGGACCUCUGUUACUUCGCUGUGCACUUUUUGCACUAUGGUCGUUCAUCAUGGAGCCCAGCAAUGAAGACAAAGUUGACUUGACUUUGACGCGUGUUUCAAAGGUGGAAGAGUUGUGUAAGUGGAGGCUGCCUGAUUAUGCUUGCUCCCUAAUUCGUCAUACCUCUUAUUCUUCCAUUCAUUUUGGCUCUCUCUUACGGCAAGUGAAGUAUGAGAUAUACACCCGGCGGGAAAGGAGACAAGUGUAAUCGUGGCAGGCAGAGCCUACAAACGGUGUACAUAACUCGACCGAACAGUCACCUACUAGGUGAGAUCAGGGUUUAGUAUCGGAAGCGUGUG